GCUCAGUGUCGUUUUAGCCACAGAGUACGUCGGUCGAAAUGAGCAUACAAAACGAGAUCAACGCGAAAGUUUUGGCUAAAGAUAAACACCGCAACUAGAGGAGCGCAAACAAACGGGCAAAAGCAAAUGUUUGACUCAUCGUAAUUAGAUAAUUAUACCAUAAUGGACGCAGUGCAGCAGCAAACAAACACCAGCAGCAACAUCGACAGCGCCAAAUGCCAGAAGCUCAAGAGAUUCGUGAUCGUCGGCCUGCUGAUCACCAUUGGCAUCUUGAGUUGGCACUUCUACGAGUACUUCCACAGCAAGCCGCUGCCCCGAACGCCGGACGACGUCUUGACCCUCUCCAAGAACCUCUACGCGGAGGAGACUGAGGUCAGUCCGUACCUGUACAAGGUGAAUCUCCAGGGGAAGACCACGUCCGGUGCCCACGAUGACCGAGCCCCCAAGAAUCUCUUUGAACUGCACCAGGAUAUGCUGGCCAGAGAUGCCAACUCCACCACCGCCUUACUCAUGCGACUCUUCGACAACUAUGAGUUGGAUGUGGCCGUGGCCGAGCAUCCAACUCCGGAGCAUGUGCAGGAGCAGCACGAUUUCCUGAGGACAGUGAUGAACACACGAGUAAUGAAGCUGACGAUGCGAUAUUUGGUCAAGAAGGACAUUGUGAGCAUAGAGUACGACGAUCAGUUGCGUCUCCUCCAGGAACUUUGGUUCACUCCGUACUCCAGAGGUCGUGGCAUCGUGGGCAGCUCCAGCUUUGAGCACGUUUUCAUGGCCGAAAUCCGAGACCAGAAGGUCCUGGGCCUGCAUAAUUGGCUCUACUUUGCUGAUCAAGAGCAGCGUGGCAAUGUGGACUACAAGGGAUGGUUGAGCCAUAAGGAAAUGGGAAAGCACAACCAAAUGCUGCUGAGUUUGCGGCAUACGUUCCACAACAUAAGGAAACCUGUCAAUGGCUUCUUUGUGGGCACCUCACCCGAGCUGGAGAUGAGUCUGUACACCGCCUGCUUCCUGACCACGGCGGAGGCGGAACCCUGCCAGAUCCAGCUGGGCCACGCCACCGCCUCGAUUGUGUCCCAUGGAUGGAACUGGAACGGCAUGCGCCUGAUAGCCACCGCCUAUCCCGACAGCUCCUAGAUCAUCGCCCUCGCCCUCCACCAUCUUACGCAAACUCAAUUAAAUUGGCUACAUUCGUGUCGCAAAGCUACCUCAUCAGAAAAGGCAAAACACUAACCUCCAAACUCAAAGUCAAGUUCAUUUUAUUUUGGCACUUUAUGAGUGCUUGGCCCAGUUGUCGGUGGCAAUUGGCAAGCACGUCAGUCAGGACAUUAAGAACAUCCGUCUGCCUAUCAUUUAAGUUGUUUUGACAGCAUUGCGUGGCUCAAGGAAUUUGCUCUUACAUCAUGAAGUUGUUUAUUAGUUCUAACAUUAAUAGUUAUUACUGGCGGACGUUAAGCAAGUGGAAAAGUCAAUUAUAAUGAAAGAGAGUAAAAGUGAUUGCGACGCUUAA